UUUUUAUGAGUGUUGUGAUGGUGGUGUUGCAGAGAGCUGUAGACGCGGAGACCAGCUUGGAGAAGAUCAAGCGCCAGUUGGCCUCCGGUUCGGGGAGAAACUUAUUGCAGGGUCCGCUUCUGAAGCGAUCCGAAACAUUGAGGAAAUGGAACGAGCGGUGGGUGAUCUUAGAUCCUACAACAGGAAAGAUGGAAUACAAGAUUCGGAGAAAUGAGGUAGCUGUCAAGGGAACCAUCAUAUUCGAUGCCUAUAGCACAAUUACUCUCUCUCCUGUGAAUUUUCAUGGACUACCAAAAUAUGAUGGCUGCUGUUUCUAUAUUGGGACCCCCCAGAAGAAAGACUAUUUCCUUUGUGCAGAAACUCCUGGUGCAGCCAGAGCUUGGGUAUCUACUUUGCAUGCAACACAGUUGGUUCUCAAGGCUCAUAAAGAGGCCGUGAAUUCCUUAAGUGGGAAUGGCUCUGCAAAGCUAGGAACGGUUGCAACUGUAGUUGCUGCUGCUAAUUCAACAGCACUGGAAUGCUCUAAAGAAAUUGAAGCAGCAAUGCAAAUUUCAAUGCGAAAUGCUUUGGGAGUGAUGAUGAAUAAAACAAGUGAUGGCCCAAUGGAUGAUUUGACAAUCAUGAAGGAGACACUACGAGUAAAGGAUGAGGAAUUGCAGCAUUUGGCCAGGGACCUUCGGGCACGGGAUUCAACAAUUAAAGAGAUAGCAGAGAAACUAUCUGAUACUGCUGAAGCUGCAGAGGCUGCAGCAUUGGCAGCACAUACAAUGGAUGAACAAAGGCGAAUGGCUUGUGCAGAAAUUGAUCGUUUAAGAAAAGAUUCAGAGAAGCAGCUUGGGUCAUCCAUGUUGAAGCUGAAAGAGUUUGAAGAAAAGGUUAUGGCUUUAUGUAAAGAAAGGGAUCAAUUGGUCAAGCAGAGAGAUUCUGCGAUCCAGGAGGCACAUUUAUGGCGCUCUGAGCUUGCAAAAGCAAGAGAGCGUGUUGUAAUAUUAGAAGGUGCAGUUGUUAGAGCUGAUGAGAAGGUCAGGGUUGCAGAGGCAGAUGCUGAAGCCAGGAUAAAGGAAGCAGCACAGAAAGAGUCAGCUGCUGUAAAGGAAAAGCAAGAGCUUUUGGCAUAUGUUAACAUGUUACAAGCACAACUUCAAAGGCAGCAGAUUGAUACAAAAAAGCAAGUCUUUGAGGAGAAGACCGAGUCUUGCUCUGAUAUUGGCAACACUCGUCCCUUAACAAAGCAUGUGGAUUUGUCAGAUGAGAAUGUGGACAAAGCAUGUCUUAGUGUUUCUAGAGCAGUCCCUGUUGGGGAGAAUGUAGUCCACUUGGCCAUGGAUCAGGUUAAUCUCCGACCAGUUGGAGAUGGUGAAUGGAGUGAUAUUCAAGCAACAGAAGCAAGGAUAGCUGAUGUACGAGAAAUUGCCCCUGAGACAGAAGGAAGCAGCUUGGACAUUCCUGUUGUUAGCCUACCAGUAAAUAACCAUCAUGAACAAGGAGCAAACUCUUUUCAUCAGCCGUGAUAUUUUCCUGAUGUGGGGAUAAACUCACCAUCAAAGGUCAGUUAUAGGAGGAAUUGAAACUCUUGUUGCGUCUUUUAGUUCCCUGUCUAGCAUUUGAUUUGUAAGUGAGAUAUCAACAUGCUGGUUUAAAAUUGAAGUUGUGAUACAUGCCUUCUUCUUAAUAUAGGAAAAUUAGACUUUCUCAA